ACAGGUAUGGAGCACACCAACGACCAACAUCAACACAACCAACAGCACAUGAACAUGUCCACCACCGAGAUGAACAUGAUGGGCAAGAUCAUCUUCUACGAGGACAAGAACUUCCAGGGUCGCUCCUAUGAGUGCAGCAGCGACUGCGCUGACAUGUCCUCCUACCUGAACAGGUGUCAGUCCUGCAGGGUGGAGAGAGGCUGCUUCAUGGUGUACAACCGCACCAACUUCAUGGGAAACCAGUUCUUCCUGAGGAGGGGCGAGUACUCCGACUACGUGAGCAUGGUUGGAAUGACCGACUGCAUCAAGUCCUGCCGCAUGAUCCCCAUGCACCGUGGAUCUUUCAGGAUUAAGAUCUACGAGAGGGAGAACUUCGAGGGCCAGAUGAACGAGCUGACCGAGGACUGCGAGGACAUCCUGGAUCGUUUUGGCAUGUCCACCUGCCUGUCCUGUAACGUGAUGGAGGGACACUGGCUGAUGUACGAGCAGCCCCAGUACAGAGGCAGGAUGGUGUACAUGAAGCCCGGAGAGUACAGGAACUUCAUGAACAUCGGCAUGGGCAACAUGAGGUUCAUGAGCAUGAGGCGCAUCAUCGACUCUUAUUAUUAG